UAUACCUUGGUGACAAAAUUGUGCAUAUUAUGUAUAUACAACAAAAUUGCACCACUGUAGUUUGUUAGAUCUAAACUUAAGUUACCUGAAAUAAACAAUUACCAGAAAGACAACUAAAAAACAAAUGGUGGAAACGCUACCCACACAAUAUGACAAGGAAUUGAAAGAAGCUGGUAUUAGAGCUGUCCGAUUCAACAUUGAUGGUGGAUACUGUCUAACCUGUGGAAGUGAUAAAUCUUUAAAAUUAUGGAAUCCUUAUAAGCAAAUAUUACUGAAAACAUAUAUGGGUCAUGGCUAUGAAGUAUUGGACUGUGAUUCUUCUUUUGACAACAGUCAGGUUGUUUCAUGCAGUGCAGAUCGUACUGUAGUACUGUGGGAUGUGGCAACUGGUCAUUUGCUUCGAAAAUUUAGAGGACAUCUCAGUAGGGUAAAUUGUGUCCGGUUUAACAAGCAGGAAUCCUCCGUUAUUGUGUCAGGCUCUUACGAUUCAACUGUGCGAUGUUGGGAUUGCCGUACUAGAAGUUUGGAACCCAUUCAAAUUAUGGAUGAUGCUAAAGAUAGUGUACCAAGUCUUCAGGUUUCAGAGCAUGAAAUUAUAACUGGGUCAGUUGAUGGUUAUACACGUCAUUAUGACCUUCGUCAAGGUUGUCUUAAGGAGGACUGCAUGGGAGAACCUGUGACCAGUGUAAGCUUUACUAAUGAUGGACAAUGUAUUCUAGCUUCAACUCUUGACAGCUCCAUUCGAUUAAUUGACAAAGAAACAGGUGCUGUACUCAAUACAUUUAAGGGUCAUCAAAAUAAGGAGUAUAAAAUUGACAGCUGUCUGACUACUAAAGAUACGCAUGUGAUCAGUGGUUCAGAGGACGGAUCACUUUACAUUUGGGAUUUAAUUCAAGCCAAUAUCGUAAAGGAAAUCAAAGGUGCACAUAAAAAUGCAAUCUAUUCAUUGGCAAGACAUCCAAGCAAAAAUAUUAUUCUCACUGCAGCUACGGAUACAGUCAAGUUAUGGAUCAACAGUGAAGAGGAUUUAAACGAGGAUUAAGCAGUCAUCUUUGUAUAAGAUCAAAAACCAGUUUGAUAUUCCACAACGUGAUUUUUUGGUGUUAAUUACAGUACAUGAAUUUAAUAAAAGAAAACUGUAUUUAUGUA